GUAAAAUGCGAGGUUAAAACAUGUACUGUAUGUACUGUAAGCACACUAAAAUAACACACAUUCCCACUUGAGCUCUAUGAACUAAAAAGUCCCUCAGUCAAGAUGGAGAAUAAAGACACAGCAAUGGCUUUGAUUCGCUAUUAUUGCAAUGAAAAAUACUUCAAUCAUGUUGCGAAUGCCACAGCAACUGCACAGAAGAAAUUUCGAAAUGAGCCUGUCUUCAGUGUCUUCCGUGCAUAUGGCAUUUUAAUGCAAGGUCAAGUUCAACAAGCUGCAGCCGAGUUGGACGCGAUAAAGGAUAGAUCAGAUGUGUCACUCUGCUCUCUAAUGGCACUCAUCUACGCUGAGAAAAAAAAGACGACGCCAGACAGGGAUGUUAUUCGCAAGCUUGAAACUAAAAUCAGAGAGGAUCGCAAAAGUACAUCUCCCCAGGGUCUGUACUUUGCUGGGAUGUUUCUUUGGCUAUUGGGACGGAAUGAUAAAGCGAGGGAAUACAUAGAGCGAAUGAUCAAACUCUCCAAUGGCUCGAAAGAGGGGAUAAUCCUGAAAGCAUGGAUAGAUGUCACAUGUGGGAAAGACGACUACGCCCGAAAGGCUGCAAAAUACUUUGACGAAGGACUGAAGGACGGACCAGAUGCUUUUGCUUUGAUGGGAAAGGCACAAUACUUUGAAUAUUGUCAAAACUACUCUGGAGCAUUAGAUGUGGUUAACAAGGUCAUUGCCAGUUUCCCUGGGUUUUUGCCUCCUCUUAUUAAGAAGAUGACACUUUUUUUAAACCUCCAAGACUGGGAGCAAACCACAGAGACAGCAAUCAGGGUUCUACAAAUGGAUACAAAUAACCUGGAUGCUCUACAUAUGCUAACUCUGCAUUCAUUAUGUAUCAAUGGAGAUAUAACUGAGUCAACAAAGCAUCUUUUCAACCUCAUAAAAAGUCUGGACGUCCAGGAACCACACAACCCCGAACUUGCUUACAGGAUGUCUCUCGCAUUCAGUCGAGUUUGCGGACGGAAUGCGAUGGUGCUUGAGCAGGUGUUCAGAAUGGUGGAAAAAGCCUUCAAUGUGACACAAGAAAGCUCAGAUUUAGCAGCAGAGUUGGGCUACCUUAUGGUUCUUCAGGGUAAAAUGAAGCAGGCGAUGAAGUGGUAUAAGACAGCCAUGACUUUGGAUGAGAUGAGCCUCACUGCACUCACUGGUAUAAUUUGGUGCCAGCUGAUAGAGGGCUGCCUAGAAGAAGCUGAGAAAGAUCUGGAAUUUCUGACAGAAAUUCAACAAACCACUGGAAAAUCAGGGGAAAUCCUCUACCUGCUUGCGCUUGUGGCAAUUAAAAAGCGCCACCCCCAAGAAGAGGUAACCGAGCUCCUUAAGGAAGCAGUGGAAACCCACUUCUCUACUAUCCAGGGUCUCCCUUUGGGUGUGGAGUUCUUUCAGAAGCUGAACCCUGACUUUCUCUUACAGAUUGUCAAGGAGUAUCUUUCUAUGUGCCCUACUAAGCCUUCAACUCAGGGCCAGUCUCCUGUUCCUCAGCUGAGGCACUGUGCUACCUUGUUGGAAACAGUGGUCAAGAUUGCACCAGGCCUCCUUCAAGGGGUCUUCCUGCAAGCCAAAGUCAGGUAUCAGUCGGGUGAUGUUGAUGCUGCUCAGCGCAGUCUACAACAUUGCCUUGAACAGUGUCCUUCUCAUACGGAGGCUCAUCUCCUUAUGGCACAGAUCCAUUUGUUGCGUGGUAAUUUCACUUCGUGUUUCCAGUCGCUUGAACUCUGCCUCAGCCAUAACUUUGAGAUUCGAGAACAUCCGUUGUACCUCCUGAUCAAGGCUCAAGCAAAGAAGAAAAUGGGUGAGCUGACUGAAGCGAUUCAGAUUUUGCAAAUGGCAAUGAGUCUUCCUGGGGUCUGCGGGACUGAAUCAUCAGCUAAGUCCAAAAACAAAAAGAUCGAACUGAAUUCUGCUGACUGUGUCUCCGUCUUCUUGGAGUUAGCUGAGGCUUUGCGGCUCAGUGAUAAACAGCAAGAAGCAGCCAAGGUAAUGCAGGAUGCCAUCAAUAAAUUCUCAGGCACUCCAGAGGAGCUUCGAGUCACCAUCGCCAAUGUAGAUCUAGCACUGUUACAUGGUGACACAGAGUUGGCACUGAAUAUGCUCAGAAACAUUACGCACGAGCAGCCCUACUACAUUCAAGCCAAGGAGAAAAUGGCAGACAUUUACUUAAACCACAAAAAGGAUAAGCGUCUGUAUGUAAGCUGUUACAGGGAAAUAGUGGACAAGCUACCCACUCCUCACUCACACGUCUUGCUCGGGGAAGCUUACAUGCACAUUUUAGAGCCAGAGAAAGCCAUUGAGGUCUAUGAGCAUGCUCUGGAGAAAACCCCAGAAGAUGGAGCUCUAGUCAGCAAGUUUGGCAAGUUUCUGGUCAAGACUCAUUACUUUGACCAGGCAUUACAUUACUACGAAGCUGCACUGAAGACCGGACAACAGAACUUGCGCUAUGACCUGGCCGAGUUGCUAAUGAAGAUGAAGCAGUACGAGCGCUGUGAGAGUGUGCUGCAUGAUGCUCUCUCCCAAAAGCCAGUGAAUGGACUAUGUGCACUGUCAGAUGAUUGCCGUUAUCUGAUGCUGUUGGCAAAGGUCCAAAAUAGGGUUGACAAAGCUGAAGAAGCCUUAACAUCCUUACUAAGGGCGCGGGACAUUCAGGCCAGAGUGCUGAAGCGGGUGCAAUUGGAGCAGCCCGACAGCUUCGACUUCCAGAAGCAACUGGCUGCCAAGAUCUGCACUGAGAUCGCUCAACACUAUACGAGCCAGAGGGUUUACGACAGAGCAAUCGAGUCCUACAAAGAUGCUCUUGUGCAUUGUGAGACAGACCACAAGGUGAUGCUGGAGUUGGCACAGAUAUUCCUCACGCUAGAUGACGUUGAUGCAUGCCAGGAACAAUGUAGUGUCAUCUUGAAGAACGGCCAGUUUAAUAAGGAUGCAACUCUGAUGAUGGCUGAUCUUAUGUUGAGGAAACAAGAUGAUGAACAAGCAGAUUUCCAUUGUCAGCAACUCUUGGAGAGCAAGCCAGACAACUUCUCAAUCGUGUCGCGUCUCAUUGAUUUGCUGAGGAAGGCAGGAAAGUUGGAAGACAUGCCCAGAUUUUUUGAGAGGGUAGACAAACAAUCCACCUUGAUUAAAUUUGACCCUGGUUUUAACUACUGCAAAGGACUUUAUCUUUGGUACACAGGAGAACCUAAUGCAGCGCUGCGUCACUUCAACCAGGCCAGAAAAGACACCAAGUGGGGUCAGAAUGCUGUCCAUAAGAUGACUGAAAUCUACCUAAAUCUCAACAAUGACUUUAUGGGAGUCGAAUUAUGUAACUUAGAUUUUAGAACUGGGAACUCUACAGAGAUGCAGGAGAUGGAGAGGGGUGCUGUCACAACAGCACAUCAGCUUUUGAAGGAGAUAAAGCCAGAAACACCUGGAGGACACUUAAAGCUCCGUAUCUUGGGGAACUACUGCUUACUGGCCACGAAACAGAGGGUCAAUAUAGAGAAAGCCCUCUCUAUUUUCAAAGAGAUCGCAACUAAUGUGCAAGAUUACCUGCCAGCACUGUUGGGCACUGCAAUGGCUUUCAUGAUGUUGAAACAAACUCCUCAAGCCAGGAACCAACUAAAGCAUAUAGCAAAAAUGACCUGGAUUAAUGUUGACGCCGACGAGUUUGAGAAGAGUUGGCUGCUCCUGGCGAACAUCUACAUCCAUUCAGGGAAGUAUGACUUAGCAGAUGACCUCCUAAUGAGAUGCCUCAACCAUAACAAGUCAUGCUGUAAAGCUUAUGAGUAUCGGGGUUUCAUAAUGGAAAAAGAACAGGCAUUUCGUGAUGCAGCAUUCAACUAUAAACUGGCUUGGAAAUAUGGAAAUCAACUCAACCCAAUCGUUGGAUACAAACUUGCUUUAAACUACUUAAAAGCAAAACAGAAUUUUGAUGCCAUAGAUGUGUGCCAUAAGGUGCUUGCUACUCAUCCCAAUUUUUCAAAAAUUAGAAAGGACAUCUUGGACAAAGCUUGUGCUGCCUUGAGGGUAUAGGAGUUUGACUGCUGGGUUUUGGGAGAAGUAUUUCUUUUGGAAUUCAACUUAGUUACUGUACAGUAUUUGUUGAGUAAGCAGUUCAGUUGGACCCAAACAUCAUGCAAUACUUAGGAUCAAUAUUUAAAGUAAGUUGUACCCCUCUCUGAUUGAUCAUUUCCAAUAUCACAUUACUGUAAAUUGGUUGCAUGGUAAUGUAGUGCUUCUGUAGUCAUACUUGUCAAAUAAAAAAACAGUAAUUUGACUCAAUAAAUAGUUGAGUGGUAGGUGCAUGUUAGCUUGCUAAUAUUAGCUUAACAUGCUACUGAAAGUGCUAACCGUGUAAUAAAUUGCCUGUAACGUAAAUGCACCUCCUUGGUCGUGCCCACAAUAAUACAUACCACACAAUAUUACACUAUCACCAUUAACAAGAUGAAGCUAAGGUAUUACUUUAUUUACUUUAUUAGGUAUUAGUACUCACUAAUCUUGCUUCAGAUGUUUUUCACAU